AAUUAAGUCAUUUUAUGUUCAAAGAGAUUAAGCAAGAAUUGGCCUAAAAGUAUAAGCAAUUAGAGCUAGAUCAAAUUGAAAUUAUGCAGAAACUCUAAGCCUAUAAGGAAACUGCCCAAAAUAAGUAAUAUGUAGAUAACACAUCAUUAUUGAUUGAUGAUAUACAAAACUCAUCUCUUCUCUUACUUUCAAAUACAUAAAGGGAUGUAACAGAUAAAACAAUUUCUGAAUUAAAAAAAGCAUUAGAAGAAUCUGAAAGAGAUAGGGAGAAUAAAAUUGAAUAAAUUAACGAAUUAAAAAAAUUAAAUUAAAAAUUAUACGAAGAGUUAAAUGUUGCAAGAAACAAUGUUUUCAAAUCAAAUAAACUUUUAAAUGAAAUCACAAUAUAAAAGGAAGAAUUACAAAAUUAAAUAAAUAUGAUUAAAAAGCAUAAAUCAGUAGACUCGUCCUUUUAUUAGACUUCUAUUACUGAUAUUACGAAUCAAGAUAUUUCAAUUCAGAUGAAUCGAAAAAAGUCAAUGUCAUAAUAUGAAACCACAGAUUAGAAACAAUUAAAAUAAUAUAAAAAGUUUACGGAAUGUGUCAAAGACAUGAUAUUAAAGUUAUAACCAAAAUUAUAUGAUAGUAAACUAAAUUAUUAAGUACUUUUAGAUUAGAAUGUGUCACUGUCUGAUGCUUGGAAAUGGCUAAAGAUUAUUAUCAAUGACUAUGUUCAAAUUGCAAAUACUAUAAAACAAUUAAAGUCGAUUCUUAAUGUGGAAUAGCCUUACAUAGUCUUAGAGGUUCAAUAAUUAAUCAACAUGAUUGUUUAUAAAUAAUGA